CAUUCAUUCUUGAAUUGUCAUCACAUGAAACGUCAGUUUGUUGACAAGUCGGCAAUGAUUUCGUGGCUUAAAUACAAAUUGUGCUAAAAAUUAACAAAUUUAAUCACUUAUUUAAUGUUAUAUUUACAUUAGAACGUGUGAAAAUAAAAGACCAACAUGGGUGUGGCAGUAAGCAGAUACUCCGAGUUAUCAUCCAAUGAGUUGCUGAUGAGAUUUUGCUCAGCGGAGGUGAUCUGCCCCAAUGAUCCGUUCUGGAAUCAGCUGCUUGCCUUCAAUAUUAAUCCACCUUCCAGCGCCGAGGAACAGCUCAUGUUCGACAGCAGCACGGAAGCACUCCUCCAGAAGUUUCUACAGAACAAUCCACAGACCGGGAACCUUGGAUCCCUGGUGCAGGUGUUCAUAACCAGAGCUACGGAGCUACUGGCCGCACCCAACAGUGACAAUGUGAUGCUGGCGUGGCAAACGUUCAACGCUCUGUUCGUGAUCCGAGCAGUCAGCAAGUACCUGGUGGAAAUGGUGCCGGAGUAUGAGCUCUGCAGGCAUCUAGACUUCCAGGCGGAACGGAGAGUUGGCAAUGGACCUGUGGACUCCAGGGAGGAUAACACGCCAUCACAAGAGACCUCACCCUCACCGCUGGCCUCCCCAGUGACCCCAGAGGCCCCGGAAGCCCCCGUCUCCCCCAAACUGGCGGGGACUGAGAGCCGGGUCGAGAUGCUCAUCGACGCUUUGAUAGGACUCAUUAUCGAUGUUCCUGUUACGGACAACACAUACUACCUUCACUUGGAGUGCAUCAACACCAUGCUGGUACUGAUGUCGGUCUACAUGUUCGCCGGAGUACAUGGGCAGACGCGGCUGGUGGACACCUCGCUUAUAUACAGAACCCUCUUCCAAGGUCGCUACGGCAUGCACGCGCCGCUCCUGGUGAAGACACUGCUGAACAACCUGUCCAGCAUGCUGGCCGCGCCGCCGAGCAUGUUCGGGGCUCAUGCCGGUGGGGGCAGUCUGCUCAUCAACUUGGCUUCGGGCCUAUGGAACAUGAUAACCUUCAACUCGACGGCUCGGCAGACGAUAUACACUCACCCCCCACUGGACAGGCAAGAGUUGCAGGAGAGGGUGAAGAAGGAGCACCCAGUAGCCAACCAGUCCUGUCUCCUACUCCUCACGCUGGCCAACCAUUGCAUGAACGAUGAUAACUUGUAUAGAAACGCCUUGUUGAGCUGCGAAGAUACUGCAGAAACGUCAGCACCUACACCACAGCGGGAAUCGAACGGUGGAUCACAGGUGACGCCGCCGAGAAUUGACAUGGCAGCUUUACACCGCGCCCUGUGUGCCACGGCGGGGUGCGAGCACUGCACGCUACUGCUGUACCUGCUGCUGCACUCCUGCGCAGCCUACAAGCGACACGUCGCCAACGUAGCGCAGCUUGACUUGCUCAUCGUCCCGAUCCUGCAAGUGCUGUACAACGCGCCCGACAACAGCAACCACCACAUCUACAUGUCGCUCAUAGUGUUGCUCAUACUCACUGAGGACGACGCGCUUAUCAAGAAUGUGCAUUUAAUUAUGCUAAAGAACCUGGCAUGGUACACGGAGCGCGCGAUCUCUGAGAUCUCGCUGGGCGGUCUCAUGGUGCUGGUGGUCCUGCGAGCGCUGCACUACAACAUGGUGCGCGUCCGGGACAAGUACCUGCACACCAACUGUCUCGCCGCCAUCGCUAAUAUGAGCUGUGAAUUCAGGAACCUACAUCCGUAUGUAGCGCAGAGGCUAAUAUCUUUAUUCGAAACGUUAACGAAACGAAGAGCGAGGCUUUGCAGCGAGAUCGAAGGUGGCGAUAUAAAUAAUUUAGAACUCCCACACAUAACCGAAGAGAAGACAGAAGAAAUUAUGGACCACAUAUCGGUACUGGACGAGGUGCUGCGCAUGCUACUGGAGAUUAUAAACUCGUGCGUGUCCCACCAGCUGGCGUCCAACUGCAACGUCGUGUACGCGCUGCUGCACAAGCGACAUCUGUUCACGCAGCACACACAUCAUCCUGUAGCGCAGAAUAUUGAUAUGGUUAUAGGCUACUUCUCAACGCGUUUGCAGCGCGUCCAAGAGGGCGCUGGCGGCGAUUUAGGCGUUAACGAAGUGCUGCAGUGUAUCAAAAAGGGAGCCGAGCAGUGGUCUAGUGAUAGGUUAAAGAAAUUCCCCGACCUGAAAUUCCGUUACGUAGAAGAGGAGAGACCAGAGGAAUUCUUCACUCCCUACGUGUGGAGCCUCGUCAACUCUUGCGGAGGGGUGUACUGGGCCAGUGAGGGCGGCGCGAGGGCUCUAGGCGACCUCCUUGCCUGCUGAUUGACACCUAGAUGUCAUUUCGUGGAUAUUAUAAUCAGGACUCUAAUGUGCCGGUGGUACUACGAAUUGUAGUUUAGAUUUUAUUUCCGAUAAAGGAGGUUCUUUGGCGGUUUCAUGUUUGUUUUGUUGUUUUACUUAUUGUAAAGUCUUGUCUCUACUAAGAACAUUUGUCGGGCGACAAGGGUGCAACACUAAAUCUAGUAUCUCCAUAAAUCUAGUAAAAAUCAAUCAUUAUGUCAUGGAAUACGGAAGAUAUACUAAAAUGUAUACAAUACUAUAAUUUUCUGAGACUUUCUGGCUCAUUUCCUACAACUUGCAGUUUUCGAUUCGGUCACUUUCAUUCUAAGGGUGCGAUUAUGCCUCUGAGACAUCGCCCGAUGUCUCUGGGAACACAUGUAGCUCUACAAAUGUUCCUAGUGAGGACGAAGCUUCAGUCGGAACACAGAUCUACGCGAGAUACAAUGUGUUUUCUAUUGUGUCUCAUAUACCGACAGACAAGAGGUUUAGUUUGUCAGUAGAUUUAAAACGACAAUGUAUACAAUAUAAUAUACUAACUUGCAACUUGCUAUUUAUAUUAUUCUUUACUCCUAAACUUAGUAUUUUUUUCUUUACAUCACAUAUACAGGAUGUAAACUGUACCCUUAGUAUGAGUUUGCUUUACGUUUAAAGUAAUCGAAACGAGAGCGCGUUCGGCGCUCUGAUUGGUUGGUUUAUUCAAGCCGGCCAAUCAGAGCGCCGAACGCGUAAACUCGUACUAAGGUUUCGGAACGCUCUCAAAAAAACGAAAACAGGCUAGCGUAAAAACGAGUCAUAUUUUCAAAAACAAAUAAGAAAUUAAAUGUUACUUUUAUGUAAUAAUAGUUUUAGUCAACUGCUUAAGGCUCAUAUUGCAUGGAUAACACAUAAACAAAAAUAAUUAAAAUAACUAAAACAAAAUGUUUUCUUCGCUUUUUCGACAGCGUUCCGUUUACACCCUGUAUGUUCCAAAAUAAAAACUUAAAAAAAAUAUAUAAACGAAAUAUUGUACUUCCAGUUCUUUAUUUUAAAUUCAUCAUGUUUAAACAUAUACUUAUCGUAAUAUAUAAUAAUAAUAAUGUAAUCUUAUAUUUAAUAUUAAAUACUGCGAAAUUGAGUUUGUUUGUUUGUAACACUUCAACGCCUAAACGGCUGAACCGAUGUUGAUGAAAUUAUGUAAACCAAAUUUUAGUGUUGGUUGACCGAAACUACGGGCAAAAGCUAGACAUUUGACAAAUACUUAACUUAAUAAUCUAUUCGCCGUACUCAGAAUAAUUUAAUGGUUACUUAACCCAGUCCUUAGCAAUCGUUUUCGAUACAAAAUCGUUACUAAGGAAUAAUUUAAGUAAUCAUUAAAUGUCUCUAAGUGCGGUAGUAUAUAACUUAACUAUGUAAUGUAGUUGUUUGUAAAAGGAAAUAUUUAUAUAAAAUACUGUCAAUUUUUCUACUUGAAUGAGUCUUGCUAGUAAGAUGGAUGCAAGGGAGUUUUAGUUUGAUUUCUGGGUUAUUUAUUUAAUAUUCAAAUUCACAAUGUAUGGUAUACAAUAAGUACAUAAUCAAGAUUGGGAAAUAUGGAUAGGCCUACACCCAUUUGUGGGUCUAAUUGUGUUAAAAUGAUGAUAUUUAAAAUUAUAUUAUAACUUUCGUGAGACAUACUAAAUUAAUUAUUAUGUUAUCGGCUUACUCACGUAAUUGUUUGACGAGGAACUCGACUAGUUUCAAGCCAUGCAAAUAGCAGCGCGUCGUGUGUCGCGGAAUGCUGCUCUUGAAUAUGAGCCUCUAGCAUGGCUUGAAACUAGUCGAGUUCCUUGACAAAUAGUUACAUGAAUGAUUAAAUUAAAAUUACUUUUCUUAUUCUUGUCUAUCUAAAAUACAAAAUUGAUGAAAUAAAUCAAGUACUUUGCAGUAUAAUUAAAUUAAUUUCUUAAUAAUUUAACAUUUAAAUUUAUAGUAAAAAAGUACGUAUUUUAUUUCACAUUGUCUUAAUAUUACAUACAUAGUUUCUUUUAUUUAUUAAUCUUUAGUUUUUAUUUACUAUUUCCCAAAAUAUUUACUUUUAAACUUGUACAUAGACAUUUGAAAUGUACAUUGGACACAAUUACGAGUAUAUUAUUAAAAGUAGAUUUCAUUACUGUAUUUCUUAAGGAUUAUUUCAUAUAAGCGCAGAGUUGAAGAGUAAAAUAACACAAAUUAAGCCUUAUCUACUAAAACUUAAGGAAUAUAUUCCCUUCUUGAUGUUAAAUAAAGACACUUCGCCGUACUCAGAGUCAUUUAAUGAUUACUUACUUAACCCAGUCCUUAGCGAUUGUUUUCGGAACAAAAUCGUUACUAAGGAAUAGUUUAAGUAAUCAUUAAAUGUCUGUAUUAAUGUACAGUAGUUAAACUCUUACUAAAUUGCACGGUAUUCUUGGCGGGCUCUACUGGAGUGACACCACAGUCUCACAGUCCACUGGUGAGAAACGACGCUUGUAUUGUGUUUCGCCACAUGAGAGUCAGAGGUUACUGGAGACAAUCCCUACUCCUCCAAAAGCCGGCAACGCACUUGUAACUCCUCUGGUGUUGCCGGUGUCAAGUGCCCCGUUUGGCCCUUUGCCCCCCAUUUCCACAAAAUGUGAUAAAAUGUCGGUUCGCUUCAACUCUGUGCUAAAAAUAUGAAUUAAUCCUAAAAUAAACGAUAGACUAAAUGAAAUGCAAUAUAGGGUAAUGAACAAUAAAUAAAUAAAACUGAUAUUUAA